AUGGACUCCAAACAGUUGUUACGACCGUUCAAACCAAGAAGAGCACAUACAAAAUCUCGAAAUGGAUGCGCUUAUUGUAGGAGACGGAGGAUCAAGUGCGACGAGGCCAAACCGCAAUGUCACAACUGUGCAUAUAGACAACAACCUUGCGAGUACCUCUCAGAAACCCAAAAAGCACAGGGCGGCCGGUCCCACGAAGGUUCCUCGUCGGUGUCGCUCGAAUUGAACGAAUCUGGCCACGGCCCUGAAAUCACACGGGACCCGUCACCCACCUCCCCGGUCCCGUGGCCACUCACGCCGCUCUUCCAGGCCGGUGGCGGAGCGUCGCAAGCUCUCUCGGCGAGCCUGAGUCCGGACGUGGAGGUGUCCAACGUCCACGAAGACCUUCAUCUUUUCCACUACUAUCUCGACCCGUCCAGCCCUAGUCUCGGGACAGCACCGCACAUCGCUCACUCACACAGGCUCUCCAUCACGGCCAUGGCGGCGACCAACGAAGGGAUGCUCUGCGCGCUCCUCGCCGUGACCGCGACGGCCUUCUGUAUCGACGCCCUCGUCGACGGAACUGCACUGGAGCGCGCCGACGAGGUGCAGCGGCUACUCGCGAAGAGUGACCACUACCACGACCGGGGCCUGCAGGCCGUCCGACGACAGGUCGCCCUCGGCACGCCCAGGAAUCUCGAGGUCGCCCACGUUCUCUCGGCCGUGCUCUUUCCCUACGCGUUAGCUCGACGAAGACUCAUUCGAUUGCUCAAAACCCAAAACCAAACACGAUUCACCAUGACCGAGACCUAUGGGAUGAACGAGGACCACCCCACGAACCUGCAGUGGGCCACCUUGCUUCGCGGAAUCAACACCAUCGGCACCGCCUGCUGCCACUCACCUUCGCACCAACACGACGCCGCGAGUCCCGAGAUUGUAUACGAAGGCGAGGUGCCCGAGCCGGCCAUCUCGGCGUACAUCUUGAAUGCCAUCGAGGUGAGCAAGGAAAAGAGACGCUUCAGCCCAACCCCGGCACUGCAACCUGUCGACCCGAACUUUUCAUUGAUGUCCGUCAUCUCAGCGACCAGGACAGGUGCCCUGGACGCGCUCCAGGAGAGGGUCGACGCACUGCAACGAGACUUCCGCAGGUCUCUUCGCACUGAACUGCCCACGAUGGCUUUUCACAAGGCGAGCGCACAGCUCUCAAAAGCCGCAUCCAUGUCUGCUUGUUCGUUGGCCGUCGAUGUUUUGAUCUCGAUUGGCAACGCCCUCUUCCCGGAGAAUCUCGACAAGCAGCAGACCCCGCCACCCCCUCCCCCUGAUUCGAUGAAUCUCGAGAUCGCCAGCCUCGACCUCAACGAUUGCGAUACGCAUUCGUCAUCACGUUGUUCAUGGCUCAAUGACUCCAUCAGACUACCACGCAUAUACCACCCUUCCUUACCGUUGACGCCCGUCAUCUUACCCUGGGUAAAUCGCUUGCCGGAAGACUUUAUGGCCAUUUUGCAACUGCCGGUGCGUCUGUCAGCUGCGCCGCCGGAUGGCGGAGAUAUCGACCACGAGAUACAGAUGCUCGCCUGGGAUAUCUUUGCGCAUUGGCUUGUCUUUGUCAUGCUGGUCGAGCAGGAGACUUGGUGGAUCGGAGACUUUGGAAUCACGGAUAUCAAGAAAUUGGCGCAGAUGAUUAAUCGUCCUCGUAAGAGCAUGACCGGGGACGGUCAAGGUCAGGGUAGUAAUGGUAAUAAUGAUUGGUGGCCCAUGGAUAUGUGUUUGGUGGCGGAACAGUUGCAGAGGUAUAAAGAGCGGUCGUGA